CCCGGGAACCGGCUGGCUUCCGAGCCGCACUCGCCGAUCCUCCAGGCAUGCCCCGCUACGAGCUGGCUUUAAUCCUGAAAGCCAUGCAGCGGCGAAAAUCCCGCUCCGGGUGCCCUUAGCCCAGUUUCAUUCAUCCAAGUUGUGGCCUUUCUUGCGCCUCCAGAAGACACUUUCUUCCCCCUGCUUUUGAUUGAUCUUGAGGUAGGGGAUUUCAGGUUUGGAGGGAUGCUAAGCGAACCAGCAGCCCCUUUCAGGUGACGGCGUGGCCAAGGACGGGCCCGCGGCCCGGAGGCAGCUCACUUCGUCCUCUGUCCUGGGUCAUGUACUCCUCAAGUCAUCGCCGAAAUCCCCAUUCUCCCGUGAAUUCGGAAUUCGGUAACGUAGUUUGGUGUUAUGUUUUUUUUUCUCCACCAGGUGUAAUAAAACAAAAAUCACUGUACUACGUCCGAACUUUGUAAGCACAGCUUCCUACAGCGCUAGAGGAGUGGACGCAUUUUUACGUUUGAAAUUAGGCUCCAGGUCAAUUGCAAGGAGUAUUACCAAGUUUGGUUCAACUUAAGCUCAAUUGAUAAACUAACAAUCACGGAGCGUCGGGAGAUUGUUAGGAAGUGUGCUUUGCAUACUGUUAACUGGGAAGGGACGCCAGUGCCUCUCUCUGAGGUCCAGACAGCCUGGCCAGGCAUGCCAUUGUGUCCCCCAGCUUGUUCUUCAUGGAUUUGGAAGAAGUUAAGAUAGUAUCUGUUCAGCCUCCUGAAUAUCCCUUUUGGCCCUCCUCCUUGCUUACCAGCAUAUGUAACUCCGAAAGGAUAGGAGCAGUGAAAACAAAGCAUUAUUAAAAGGGAAGAUUUUUAAUUAGGUGGAAGUUGUUUAAGCCCUCCCUUCAACUUAUGUGUUUUAGGAAAUGUGGAACCUGGGAAAUUCGUUACUGAAAUUCCUUUUGUUUACUUUCCUCGUCUUGGGGAGGUAGCAGGUGACACUGAAAGAGGCAACCUGUAGGCAAUAAUAUUUGCUCAUUCUGUAACCCUUUGAAACCUUUGAAAUGAAGACUUGCCCUCCCCUUUGUUUUUGCCAUAGUUGCCAAGUAUCUUGGUUAACAUGGCUGCAAGUAUUAAGUGUAUUUCUUUUACCAUAUUUUUUUAUGUCCUGUAAUAACAUAGCCUUUGGAUGUGGAGCACCCAUUUUUCACUCUAGUUCAGAUCAACAGAGUGUAAUUUGGUUAAAAUAAUAAAUAACCUUCCUUGAAAUCUUCGCAUGAGGGAAGGGGGCAAAAAAAAAAAAAAAAAAAAGAAAAAAAGCCCUAGAAAGUAGAUAAUAAAGGUGAACUGCCUCUUGGAGAAAGAGGCCCCAUGGCAGUAGAUAGAAGGUUGUAACAGUGGUGACUUAUGUACAAUGGCGAAGUUAUGUUGAGGAGAUCCUUGACCUAAAUAAAGUAAUAUUAAACAAUAGCUUCUCAGUUAUUUGUUCAAAAACCUAUCUGUAGCUUGUAAAUGUGGCACAAACACAAAGACUUCCAGGUUUUAGACCAGUUUGCUUGCUUUCAGUUUAGGAAAAUAGGAUUCUAAAAUAGGAUGAAUAUUUGGGGGGAAACGAAUUUAAAAAGUUAACUCUAGGCUUAUGAAAUGAAAAAUGCGACUGUGAGCUUGCACACCGGUAGCAGGCCUUGGAGAAACCACAGUUCUAACCCGAGGCACUUUGUGCUUCUGUUGCAAGAAGGGUAUUGAAGCUCCUCAGUUCAAAGUUGCGUAUCUUCCACGUUUUUAGAUUCUUAAGUGUAUACCUCUUUACCCCUUUAAUAUGAUGUAUUUUCCUUUCCUCCCCAAAUCAUUUGUGCAUCUUGGAAUUGAGGAAAAUGCUGUGUUAGGCAACUUUAACAGCAGAUAUGGAAGUUAAGAAACUAUAGUUUUCCAGCCUUUGAACUCCCAGAGCUGCUCUCCUGUUUUUUCUCCGCAGUACUCAGCCUGGAGAGCAUUCUUAGUCUGUUUGGAGAAUAUUAACUCCUCCCUGUCCUCAUUACUUUUUUUUGACCCUAGCUUGACUCCUUUAAAUUGAGCUUGCAAAGUUUUAAAAUUUAAAAUACAGGCCCUGUGUUGGCUGUCACAGUAUCUGGAUUGUAGCAAAGUCAGUUGUGGGAAUGCCCAUUGAAAGAUUUCAGAGUGUAUUAUGUAGAGUCAGUCAUAUUGAACUAUACAGUUGUACAAUUAGUCACCCAGAAAUUCCAAUACUAUGUUUUUCUCAGUUUGCAAGUAGAAGUUGAUUAUGAGUAUCUACUUUUGUACUUCCAAGUUUGGGCAUUUAUGAAUGUAGUUAACUAGUGUUUCUAAGAAGAAAUUUAUUUUCAGGUACCAUAUAGCUUGAUUUUUUAAAAAGUGUGUAUAUAAAAAAAGUUAUUUCUAUUUUCUCCCUGUUUUAGCGUGAAAAGUAGGUAAAAGUGUGGUUAAAUUCUGAAAUAUGACAGUAAAGUAAUGGAUGUUGUGAAACUAGGCCUUUAAAGGUGACAAGCAAUUUGAAAAACCAGUUGUUUAGACCAGUCUUAGUUCAUAUUUAUAGAAGAGUCUCUGGAAUAAAAAGAUUUUAAAAGUCCUGUUACACCCAUAUCAGAUAGCAUCAAGAGAGUUUUAUUCACUUCUGGAAAACACAGUAUUCAAAGGCUGUAAUGUGAAAGGACAUAGCCACAAAGGAGAGACCAAGGCUGCAGUCCCAGGUAGCCUCAUUUCAGUGUGAGGAAGACCUCUGACAAUGGAAAAAGAAAUGGAUUGCCUGUGAGAUGGUGAGGUCUAUAUCCACCUCCACCCUGCUCCCCCUGCAAUGAGAACUUUGAGGUAGAUGAGGAGAAGGGGUCAUGUGUUUGGUGAGUGAGCUCUCUUGUGAGUGGGAAAAUGAUUGAAGCCCUUUGGUUUCACUUGAUAAUUAGAUUUUAAAGGUUGGUAUUUCAGUUAGGUAAAAGACUGAAGUGCCAAUACAUGAAUGGUAAAGCCGCAUGCUGUAUAAUGUAGAGGAGCUUAGGAAAAAAAUGAAACUUUGUAGACACUUUUUAUGCCUUGGGUAUACAGGAAGGAGAAAUCUGAGGAAAGAAAUCUGUGCAAUACAUAAGUAUUUUGUGGUUACUUUAGGAACGCUAAUUACGUCUCGUGCCCUUUUCCCAGAAGGUGUUCACAGUUGGCAUAGAUUAUGAAAGCCCUGAGAUGAUACUUUUCCUAAAAUCUUCUCAUUGGCGUUCAGGAAUUUUUACAUGAAGAAUUAAAGGUUAAUGGCUUAAUAACUAAUUCACUUGCUAAAUGAUUGCAUUGCAUGUACAAUAAGAUAGCAUUUAUAUAUAUAUCUUCAUAUGUUUUUUUAAUAGGAAUAAAGAUAGCUAUUUUGGAAAUCUUAAAUUCUUAUUAAAACAAACAGUAAUUUUUAUGUUUAAUACUCAAUGCAGAUUAUAUUUUACAUUUAGAUAACUCAUUGAAAUAGUACUUUGGUAGGGUAAGGAGUUUUGUGUAAUCUGAGUUUGAGUUCUGACUUGGUUUAAUUUGAAUAUAGAAAAGUAUAAUCGGUUCCUAAAAUUAGAAAACAGUUGGUUUUCUGGUAUAGAGUGAUGAAGAGUUUUUCUCUAAAUGCAAGCCUUUUUUGAUUAGAACACCUGGCAAAAGUUUUGUAUUUGCUCUAGAGUUCUAUUCAAGUUAGGAUGUUCUGAAAGUAAUGCCUAUGAAGUGCCUGUAUUUUAGAUACCCUUUGGAGAUGGAGGGUGCUAAUAAACUGAAGUAUGAGUCAGGUCAACCCUAGGUCCUUGUAGUUUGCUUGGCAAGCAUUUGAUAACUAGGAAAUACUGAAGUUUCUGCUGUGUCUUGGUGGGAGACAUCAGUUCAAACGGAAACAUCUAGCUGUCAAGUGGUCAAGUCUUUUUUUUCUUCCCAUGGGCCCUCCCUAAACAGCUUAGCCUUGUAUCUUUAAUAAUCUCUCUCUGUGUUUUAUCUGCUUGAAACCAGGCAACUUAAAAUAGUUACCUAGUAAUGGAAGACUUGACCCUGUGAACAAUGUUAUACUUUCAUUUGGUAUUAAAUUUUCUUGGGUUACAGCUUAUUGCCGCAGCAAGCUGUUGAAGAAGGAAGGAGUCCUGUUCCUGCCCCUGAGCUACAGCUAAGGUACAAGGAAUGGCUUGGGGGUAAGGAGUCCUUCCUCACCAGAUAUGGUUUGUAUGUAUGAAGACUGCUUGUCAGAAGUUGACAUUUUGCACUAAUUUUUUUCUUAAUUCAUGACUCACACAUUCAAUACUGAUGUUUCUAGAUUUAAAAAAUCUAGGUUAUAUCUAGUAUAUGCAGACUAUUGAAUCUUCUAACCUUUUAGAUUAUAAAAUCAGUUUCAAAAAAUUAAGAGUUCAAAAGCAAUGACGGGAAAAUUCUGAAGUAAUAUUUUUCAUCUAGUGCCUUUGCUGUGUUUGUACUACGACAUGUUUAACUCAUCUAAAAGAAACCUGGAAUACCAUAAUGGGGUUUAACAUGAAGGUGGAAGGAAGGGUGGAGAACAGAUGAUAAAAUACUGUGUGAUUACUCAUGUUAUAAAAAGUUGUUGCAAUUUGAUUAUCAGACUUUUCCUAUUUAAUGUUCUUAGCUUUGUGUUAGAAUUUCCAAUAUACUCAUGAGUUUAUCUGUUUUUAGUGGAAGGCAAUAUUUUUAAGACACGUGUUAUCAACACAUGUAGUUACCUCUUAGGGGAAUCCUUACUUAAGGAAUUAGUCAAAUGAAUGUCUGGUAAGUUAUCAAUUUGUCUAAAGGAAGAACUACCCUUGGGUUUGGAAAGUGACAGUUAAUUCAGCCUCUUAUCCUUUUUGUUGCUUUGAAAUUAGAGCAAGAGUUGGCAGCCUGUGGCUUCCGGGCCAGAUCUGACCUGUCACCUAUAUUUUUGUGGCUUGUGAAGUAGGAAAAGAUUUUACAGUUGAAUAGGUGGGAAAAAAAACAGCAAUACUUUAUGGCACUUGAAUUUCAUAAAACUUUCACAUUUCAGAGUCCAUAAGUAAAGUUACAUUGGAACAUGACCCUGUUCUUUUGUUUAUAUUUAUUAUCUAGUCCUUUACAGAAGAAAUGUGCCAGCCCCUGAUUUAGAGUAUAUAGACACAAUUUUCUAGGUGCAUCAUUUUUCUUGGCUUCUUAUGGUGCCGUUUUCUGAUGUUACUCCCUUGAUUUCUCCCUUCUUCUUUCUGUUUUUUUGAGACGGAGUCUUGCUGUGUUGCCUAGGCUGGAGUGCAGUGGCGCGAUCUCGGCUCACUGCAACCUCUGCCUCCUGGGUUCAAGCGAUUCUCGUGUCUCAGCCUCCCAAGUAGCUGGGAUUACAGGCAUGCGCCACCAGACCCAGCUAAUUUUUUUUUUUUUUUUUUUUUAGUAGAGAUGGGGUUUCACCAUGUUGGCCAGGAUGGUCUCAAUCUGACCUCGUGAUCUGCCCGCUUUGGUCUCCCAAAGUGCUGGGAUUACAGGCCCUCUUCUCUUUAUGUACAAUUCCUUUAACCUUCAUGUGGAUGAUUUGCCGCCUUUUUUAACAAGCUGACAACUCUGGCAUUUUCUGUUCUCUUCUGUGCUGGUUAUGGCCUCCUGGGUAUCCCCUUGGCACUGCAAACUCAGUGUGGUUAAGAACUUAAUGUGUUGCCUAUCCCCAAAGUUGCCUCUGUUAUUGCUUAUUUCUGUUUAUCACUUCUCUGUCUUCUGUCAUCUGGGGCUGAACAAAUGCAGUUCUUUCUUUUCCUGCAGUCUCAAUGCCAUAUAGUCUUCUCUGCCCUAGUUGAACUGCUCGUGUUGUUUGUUUCUUCCUUGGACUCUUGCAGUUUCUUAGCUGGCUCCUGACAUACUACUGAGGGGAGGAUAGCUAAUACCUGUAAAUAUGCUUGUAGUGCAAAUAUAUGUCCUUGAGAUACUUUAAAACACCUAAAUAGGUGCACUUAUAACAAGGAAAUAGUAGAAAGCAUUAAGUGAUGGCUUUCUGAUUCCCAUACUAAUUGAUUGUAUCAACACUUGCCAAAUUACUGCAUACUUCUCAUUUUCAAAUACAUGCAGGAUGAAGUCGCAUCCAAGGCUGUCUCAGUAUGACUCCCAACUUAUUUUUUUAACCUCAUCUUUCAGUUUUUUUCCACAUUUUAUAUGCCCAGUAAACAAAGUUGUGCAGAUUCUUAUAAAUACCAUUACCUUUUAUUUUCUUUGGUGCCGGCAUCAUGCUGUUUUUCUGUUUGGAACACCCUCCCUUUCCACAAUACCCCACCACCUCCAUGAAAAACCAGUCUCAUGUUCUUCCAAGUUCAUCUUAACUCAUUUGGUACAUUAAACAAAUUAUCAAGGGCCUGCAACAUUAGGAGUAUAAUAGACUAAUCUUUCCUUUGGUUGCAUGAAUCUCAUCACGUCUCCCAUCACAUGGAUCACUUUCUACUUUGUAUUACAGUUAAUUGGUGAAUAUGUUUUACCUCCUUUGCUAGAUUACAAAUUCUUGAGAGCUGAGUCUUUCAUGUUUGUUCUGCUAUGCUUUGCAUAUAUGGUAGAUACUUACUAAGCUGCCUUGAGGGGUUACUACUCUCAUCUCUAUAAAACAGUUAUUUGCUAUGAUACAGCGUGUUGACCUCGUGCUAGUAGUUUGCUUACAAGUCAGUGCACUUCGCUCACGCUGGGUGAGUUGUAUGUUACCAGAAGUUGUGUUGAUUUCCAAGACUGUUUUAUGACAGGUAAUCUUGUUUCCGUAAAAUAAUUUAAAUAUCAUGUGAGCUGAUGAAAUGAGUGCAAACCUUUGUUUCCUGAAAACCAAGUUGGAUUCUUUGGGAAGACUUGAUAAAAGGUGAGUCAUUAAAAUAAUGACUGUAGAAUUAGAUAUGGCUGAAAUAACUCAAAGUUUGGGAAGAAAAAUAACUAGCAGGAUUCUGUAUGUGGAGUGUUUUACAAGGAUCUUUUAAACUUUCCACUUUAAUGAAGCUGAAACUGGAAAUUGUAGAUAAUGCCAUUUGUAGAUGUCGCUUAGAUCAAGCAGAAGGAACUCAAAUCAUCAGGAAACUCCAGGUCAUCGAUUCCAUUCUCCAAGUGCUUGUCAUGACCCCUAUAUUGAGGUUGGCAAAUAAAUGUAUGUUUAUGUGUUGAAUAAAAUACUUAAUAAAAUACUUAAGGUACGUAUAUAUAGUUUUAUGACUGGAUAUGGCUUUGGGUAUGAAGGCUUUUGCUUUAUAGAAAAAUGCUGAUUUUUUUGUUUUCUAUUAUAAAUGAGUAGAAAAACCUUGUAAGAUCUGAAAUGAAGAUACUGGAUGUGUUACCAUAGAAUAAACAAAGACUGGCAUUGGGAGACUAGAAGGAGCUUUAGAGGCAGAUGGGACUGGGUUUUGGAUUGUAGCACCUACUUCCUAAGGACUUUAACCUUUUGGAUCCUCAGUUCCUUCUUUGUAAAAUGGAAGUAAUUCAUUUGGGAGGGUAUUUGAAGAUAAAGUGGUUAUGUGACCUUGGAGGUAGUUAAGUGUAGUUCUGUCAUUAAAGUAGCUUUGUGGUCUUAGGCAAGUCGCUGUGAACUUCAUUGCCUAGUUUUUCAUUAUUCCCAGUUUAUUAAUGAAGAAACUCUAAAAGAUAAAACUUAUUAUAUCUAAGUUUAUUUCAUCAGAAUCCCAAACUAGAUCAAACCUGAAAUACAGUUCUUGUUCAGUAAAUGUUUGAAUUAGUGGUGUUGGUGCUUACUACUCUGCUCCCAUCUAUUAUUGCCAUGAGGGGUGUGGGCCUGGUUUUGCCAGCUUUUUUUUUCUCUCUUCCUCCUACCAGCCAGAAAUCCAGAUUUUAUAGGAAAUCUGGUUUUUUUUUUUUUUUGAUGUUGCCAACUAAUUGAAUACUUAGGUACCAUGGAUCAAAUGUAAUGUAUCUGUGGGUUAGGUUGGCUCUCAUUUUGUAAUCUAGAUAUUCAGAUAAUUAGCUGUAGGUUGUCUGUAAAUCUCUUAGCAUUUAUGUUGACAAAGCCCACCUUGUUAAUUGGUCACUGGUUUGCAGUAGGACUGAUUUCAGCAAUGGCAGGCAUAUUCAAUUCUUGAAAGUAUCUAUAGUUUCGGAUUGUUGGGUUGUAUAUGUGCAUUUAGGCUAAAAUAUACAUGUAGGCUUCAGAGCUGCACUGUGUAAACUGUGAGGGAGUGACAUUCACAGUCCACUUUUUCUUUCAAUGUCUGAGUGAUACCUUGUUUUAGGCAUGUAUUAGUACUAUUUGGUUUGUACCCAUUGUAUUAACCUCUUAGGUGUUUGAAAUACUACUGGCAUGCAAAGAUUGCUUUGCCUAGAAAAUAUUUUUUUUUGCUCAGAGUGUAUCUGUGGAAUUAAAAAUAGUUUACCCAUGAUCCCUGGAAAAUAGUAUUACCAUGAAAAAAAUUCAGGUGCUCUCUUGGUAAAGAUUAUAGAGGAGGGAGGUGAUGACAUUUUUAUUUUUGACCAGGCUUUGUGUUUCCAUAAAAUAGAAGCCAAGUUAUUACCUUGACUAACCUUCCUUUUUUGUCUUUUUUUUCACUCCCACUCCAGAUAGAUAACAUCAAAUUGCAAAUAAAACGAACUCAGAUCCCAGGUUGUUCUUACGUACGUUUUGGCCCAAGGUGUAAUUGACUUGUUUUGCUUCCCCUUGCAAUCAUUUUUACUAUGAUUACAGUCCCAGGUAAGGUAAUUUCGGUCCACUUUGGGCAUACCUCAGUAGAGGUUGGUGUAGAUGAAAGCUUAAAAAUGAAAUUGCAAGUGAAAGCACAGACUUAGCAAAACUUUCUUUAUUGGAGCCCUCAAUCCUCAUAAACUGGCAUUUUUCUGCUUCUGCCCCAGAAUCGAGAAUUCCUGGUUUUGUCUUUGUUUUGACUUGAGUUUUUAAAAGUUUCUCUGUAACACCUACCCUGGUGUGGUUAAGUGCUUUAAUUUUGUCAGGUGAAGAAACCAAGUGCAGUUAUGGUAGCCGGGUUGCUGUGGAUAUAAUCCAGUUUGAGAAAAUUCUCAUUGUGGUGAUCAGAAGUGCAGUGUUGUGGUUGCAUUUCAGCUGCUGGGAAGAUGCCCUUGCAAAUCCGUGUGUCGUCUUUGCUUCCGUUAGAAAGGUGCAGAAUCAGUGUAAGUUCCAGAUAUCUGCUCACUUUUCAUUUUGUGCUCAGAUGCCCCGUGUAUGAAUUCCGAAUAUAAAACAUCUGUUCAGUCUGGUUUUGAUUCAGAUUAAAGGUGAAUUUCUGUUGCUCAGUUGAAAAGCUAAAUUUGAGUGUAGGCUCUGUCAGGCAUGUUGUAGGAAAGGUAUAUGGUACUGAAGUGUGUGGUUUUGUUUUUUAACUGCUUGACACUGUUAAGUAAGCAAAUGACCCAGUCAUGGGUUGUUUUGAUUGCCAUUCUUCUGUUGGUGUACUGCUUGCCUUCUGUUUUGUUAAUAGUCAUAUGAGAAAACAGUUGUAUGAAGUAUAGUAUCUUGAAGCUUUAAGACACCAAGUUUCCAUUAGGCAGCCUAAGUCUCGCAGACUUUGGUAGCACUAUUGGUCUCAUGGGAAUGCCAUUCUCAUGUGUGGACUAAGUAAGGGCCAGGAGAUUUUGCAAAUUUUGUGUGUAUAAGAAGAUUGAAGAAAACAUUUUUCCUAAUGUCACUGUCUUGAGUAUUUUAUCUGAUUAGGAUGGACUCAUUGGAAACUAUUGAUAAUUUCAAGAUUUCUUGUCAUCUGGCAUACAAAGAAAACAGUCGUGACCCUAUUUCCCUGGAUUUUUCUAUCCCUCUACUUGUCCUGUGUUUGCAAUGCAAGAGGAAUAUCCAGCUGCCUUUAUAAUCUAGAAUACCAUGUUUCUGUUUUUAUUUCUUAGGUUUAAUUCAGGGCGUAAUUUCUACCAGUCCCUCCAAAUACUGUUAAAGUUACUCUUUUUGUGGUCUUACUUCUUACUUCUUGAGUGUUAUAUUCUCCAAACCUUGGAGAAAAUUAGAAGGUUUUAAAGUUUUCCAACUGAAAAGUAUCUUUCAGAGGAAAUACCCUAAUUUCUGAAUCUUCCAUUUAUAACUUGGCCUGGAGAAUUAUAAUCUGGUCUACCAGGAAGGUGCUUGUGCUUAGGUUUUCUGCCUUAGUCACAUGGAAAGAUGAGCAGAAGCGAUUUCCUUCUAGAAACAGUUUUUUUCUAGAAACAUAAAAUUGGAACCAAGUAGACUGAGAACAGAAAAAAAACACAAAGUUGACCUGGUAGGAUGUUUUACCUCUAUAAACCUCAUAGUUGCUAGCCUUUGAGGGAGGCUAGAUGAGUUGAUAAUAAUGCCUAACCUUAGCAAUGGAUUGAAGUAGGGGUGCAGGGGUUAUGUAGGUGUGUAUAUGUAUUUAAGAUAUAUAUACACACCUACAUAUUAUACACACACACAUGUGUACAAUUCUCUUGAAUCCUCGCCAUCUAAGGUUAGGUAGAGUGAUUUCCAUUUUACAAAUGGAAAAACUGAAGAAUUAAAACACAGACUUGGUCAUACGUAAUGGUAAAUACAGUAGUUUAAUGAAAUUUUGUAUUGUACCUAUCACUCAGCUUCAACUGUUAAUUUCCAGUCUGCUCACCUCUGUUUUCUUUAUCUUAAAAUUUUUUUCAUUAAUUUCCCUUGGCUAACAUGACUAAAAAAAUUUCAGACUUAAAGAGCAGUUCAUUUAACACUUGUAUGAUUUUUGCCUAGAUCACUAAUUGUUAGAAUAUGCCUUAUUUUAUCUUUUUUUAAUCUGCGUUAUUUUGAGAGUUGCAGACAUCUUGACAUACCUUUCUUAGGAAUAAGGGCCUUCCUCCUAACCACAACAUAGUCAUCACAUUCAAAACGGACAUUGAUACGAUACUACCACCAAAUAUUCAAUUCAUAUAGAAAUUUAUGCUGUUCUUCCAGUAAUAGUUUUUAGUGUUUUAAUUCAGUAUUCAAUCAAGGAUCAUAUAUUUACUUGUUUAGUCUCCUUGAACAGUUCCAAAGCCUUUGUCAUUAAUAACAGUGGCACUUUGAGGAGUUUUGGAGUCCAGGCCUACUGUUUUGCAGAAACCCUCACUUUGGAGUUGACUGUAGUUGCGUUUUCAUGAUUAGAGUUAGAUUAGCCAUUGUUGACAGGAAUGAGUAUUUCAUAGGGAUGUCAGUGCAUCACACCGGGAGGCAUACCACUUUGUUAAGCAGUCAUUUGGUUAGGUGGCAUUCACCAGAAUGGGCCAUUGUAAAUGUACCCUAUUUCCCUUUUGUAUUAAGUGAUCUAUGGAAUAACAAACUUGAGACUGAAUAUUUUGUUUUCCAGCAAUCUGCAUUGGUUUUAGCAUCUGUUGGUGACUGAAUCAGUUAUUGCAGGAGUACUUUAAAGCAAACUUAGAUAUAUCAUUUCACCUGUAAGUAAUUAGUGUAUAAGAAAUAAGGACUUUUUUUUUUUUUUUUUUUUGAGACCGAGUCUCGCUCUUUCGCCCAAGCUGGAGUGCCAGUGGCGUGAUCUCGGCUCACUGCAAGCUCUGCCUCCCGGGUUUCACGCCAUUCUCCUGCCUCAGCCCCAGCUGGGACUGGGACUACAGGCGCCCGCCACCGCACCCAGCUAAUUUUUUGUAGUUUUAGUAGAGACGGGGUUUCACCGUGUUAGCUAGGGUGGUCUCGAUCUCCUGACCUCGUGAUUCACCCGCCUCGGCCUCCCAGAGUGCUGGGAUUACAGGUGUGAGCCACUGCACCCGGCCAGAAAUAAGGACUUUUAAACAACCGUAGUGCCUUUACACCCAACUACAAUUCCUUAACACCUCAUGUUCAUGUUCAAAUUCCCUGAAUUGUCAAAAGUGUCUGUCUACAGUUUUGGUUGACUCUGAAUCUAAACAAGGUCCACAAAUUAUGUUUGCUUAAUGACCUUAAGUCUCUUACUCUGUAAUAGCUUCUUCCCCCACUCUUUACCUUUCCGGAUUUGGCUGGUCACUUAUGCUGUUUAUAUAUAUUCUUCUAUUCCAGGUAAUUUCUGUAGACCCAUAGGUUCUAGAAAUUUGAUUAGAUUCAGGUUUGGUUUUGUUUUGUUUUGUAAGAGCACUUAAGUGGUCUUGGGAGGGAUAGAUCACAUCAAGAGGGACACAUGUCUGCAUUUUAGAGAAAAGAUUAAUUCUUGGUGUGGGUACAGAUGUUAGCAGCUGCAUGCGUCCAUUUUGAAGUCCCCCAGCAGCCUUUCUCCUGAAAAUUGUAGCAUCCCUGUACUCAUAGCCUGGGUGCAUUACUUCAGGGCUUACCGGUGGUGAUUUUUCUCAUUACAUUAGUCCUUUUGCAUCAGUUAGCUGGAUUUUAUCUGACUUGUGUUUAUUUCUAGUUUGUGUUUGUGUGUGUUUGUGUGUGUGUGUGUGUGUGUGUGUGUGUGUAUCUUCCUGAAAGGUGUUGUAAAAGGAUGCGUUCUUCAUCUUUAUUUCAGAAAGGAUGUUCAUGAACUCCCUUAGUGAUCCUCUCAAAUGUCCUCAGUUUUCUCAUUUGUAAAUUGGGGAUCAUUAUCAUGUCUGCCUCUUGGGGUUUUUGUUAGGUAGAUGAGCUCAAACAUGUAGUGUAAAGAUAGUGGUUGGCACAUGGUGUUUGGUAAAUGCUAGUUACUAAGGUAACUUCUUUAGUUUUGUGGGAACUCUGAACUCAAGUGUAAUGGAGAGGUGGAAGAGGGAGUUCUUCAUGAGUUGACAUCAGGGUGCUUGGGUUUCUGUUGGGUGAGCUGAAGGGAAUUGUUGCUUGCUGGCACUGACCUGCUCUUUCAGCUGUGUGGGAACAGUUGCCAGACAGACACGCACAGGGAAGGUCUGCACAUAUCACUGCACACUAAGAGGUGGAUGUCGACAGUUGCAGCAGUAAAACUUGAAACACGUUCCACAGUGGAGUUAGCACAGUGAAGGGAAGUGGGCCAGACUGGUGGUAGGUGGUAGGUUGAGGGAGAUGGUGGCUCCAGAUACAGGUUUUUACUAUGUCAUGGGCCACUGAGAUUUUUAUCUGAAUGAACAUAUUUGUCUAGUCCAGUUUGCCUUGUCAUUACACAUACCCUCAACUGGAGCUAUUUGAGAUUGCAGAUCACUGGUGGAGGAGGGAGGAGGCUCUUUUUCCCUUUAGGCCUCUUUAAUCUGCAUCUCUUGUUGCUUAAAAAACCCACUGUUGAUGGUAAUAUAGGAUAUUGGAAGUUUAGCAGUCUUGAUGGCGAAGAACUUAGUUGUUAAUAUUUGAUUUUUUUAUUUAACAAACAUUUGAGCACCUGUAAUAUGUAAGAUGGUGUUCUGGACACUAGGACACAUCAGGGAACAACACAGAAAAUUCUACCCUCAUGGAGUUUACAUACAUGGUAGUGAGGAGACAGAAGAAACGUUUAAGUUUUAUAGCGUGUUAGGUGUUGAGUACUAUGGAUAAAUACAAAGUUGGAAGGGAGGCAUUGAGAUGGUCAGGGAAGUUACUUUUGUGCAAAGACGUAAAAGGAGAGGAGACAGGUCUUGUGGAAACCUGGGGUUACAAAGUGUUGCCUGCAUAGGAAAUAGCCAGUCCCAGAGGCUAGUUUGGUCCAUUGUGAUGAAAGGGUCGACUGCUUGCUGUGCUAGUGCCCUGUAGUGGGCCAAGGGCAGAAGCAUGGAGACAAGAGGCUGGGACAGUGAUCUGGAUGAGAUGGAAUGGUGAUUUCAACUAAGGUGCUAGUAGUUGUCUUUGAUUCUGGAUGUAUUUUAAGUAUCGCCAACAGGCUUUGCUGAUGGAUUGAUUGCAUGUGGGUUGAGGGAGAAAGUGAGCAGUCAAGGAUGACUAAAAUUUUUGGACUGAGCAAUAGUGAGGAUGAAGUUGCUGUUCUGAGAUGGGGAGGAUUGAGAGUAGAACACAUUUUUUGGGCAAGAGCAAAUUAUUCAUACCCCGGAACAACAGGCAACUACAACACUUCAUCCAUUAAGAGCAGUUGUCCAUAAAUUUUACUGUGAGAACCCUUGCAUUUGUAGAUUGUACAGCUAAUUCUUUUAACUUAAUGUUUGAAAGUUGUGGGAGUUGAUAAAGAUUGGCUUAGAUAGAAUCCUAUAGCCUGUGAUGACUGGGUCAAGUAUAGAAUACACCUUAAGACUUACUAUUUUUCCCCCUCUGGUGGAAUGACUAAUUAACACUGAUAAAAAGAAUGAAGGCAGAAAGCCUUGAACUUGGAUGGUGAGAACAUAGAUACGUCUGGUCUUACAGCUGACCCAUCAGGGCUUUGCUGUAUGUGAAGCCUAUGCCUGGGACUUCUUUUUACUUUUAAUCUCUUCAUUUUAUCCAUACACAUCCAUUCACAUGAUCACACAAAGAUUUCAACUGGUUUUUAUCUUACGUGCUGUUUGCAGUCUUACUUUGUUAACAGUUGUUACAUAUCCAUCUUGUGUAUUUUCAAGCACAACUUUUUAAACAUGCAUGAUCUUUUAUCAAUAUCGUUAAUGUUUCUUCCUGUCAGUAAUGUCCUUUUCACUGAAGGUAGUAUUGCAUUGUGAUUAAGGGCAAAAGCUAUUUAGACAUAUAGAUGUGAGUGCACAUCCUGGCUUUAACACAGACAGCUGUGGCCUGGGGUGAGUUAUACUACCUCAUGGCUUCAGUUUUCUCAUCUGUAAAAUGGUCAUAAUAAUUGUACUUAUCUCAUGAUUGUUAUAAGGAUUAAAGUAAUGCACAUAAAACUAGACACAGUACCCAGAUGGUGUUAGGACUUAGGUUAGUGUAAGGUUUUUUUUUUUUAAAUUUCCAUUAUUUAUAACUCAUCUUUGAUAAACAGUCUUUUACAAGCAGAUAGUGUUGAGCCUCUUGAAUUCUUCUUAUUGAGUUACACAAAUGUUUGGUUAAGAUUACAUAGUAAUAGGCAUUGCUGCUCUGUUAUUUCAUAUUUCCUUUUCUUUUUGAGACAGUCUCGCUCUGUUGCCCAGGCUGGAGUGCAGAGGUGUGAUCUCGGCUCACUGCAACCUCCACCUCUCUGGGUUCAAGUGAUCCUCUUGCCACAGCCUCCUGAGUAGCUGGGAUUACAGGCGUGUGCUACCACACCUGGCUGAUUUUUGUGUUUUUUUAGAGAUGAGGUUUGGCCAGGCAGGUCUCGAACUCCUGGCCUCAAGUGAUCCACCCGCCUUGGCCUCCCAAAGUGCUGGGAUUACAGGUGUGAGUCACCACGCCCAGCCUGUUAUUUCGUGUUUUCAUUUAUCUUUAACAAAAUGGGUUGUUGGGAGUUUGCUCCUAUAUGUGAUCUAGUAUCAUUCACAUAAAAGUUAAAACCAGUAGUAGUUUCAUAGUUGUUCUUCCCUCCCUGACUGCCAUAUCUACAAGGUCUUAUUUCUCUGAGAUUUCUAUAAAAAAAUUCAUGAUGAGCCAAACUUAUUGGUAGAAUCAGGUUAAAAUGAAUAUAUCUUGGGCGGAGUGUAUAUGGAUGAAGUAAAUCUGGUGGUUUAUGAACUUUUCUAGGUAAAUAAGAUUUUGAGGAAAUGGUUUACUUUGGAAAUUAUCCAUUCUUAACCCCUCCCCACUCCUGUCCCGGGAGAAACUGAUAAAAGUAGAGCUGUUCUGGUGGUAGAGGGUUGGGAGGAGGGCCGCAGUCCCUCCCUACUCUGCCUCAACUUCACCCAUCAGAAUACAGCUUCAGCACCAUUUGAGUCCAAUCGGGGUUUUGUAUAAUUAAUAACUUUUAAAAACUUGAGGGUGCAAGUUUAAUAGAAAUGUUUUGUCAAAAAGAUUUAAGGGCAAAUUCUUUAUAUUUUAGGGAUGGUUAAAACAUUACGGUACAGGUUGAAUAUCCCGUAUCUUAAAUGCUUGGGACCAGAAGUGUUUUGGAUUGUGGGAUAUUGCAUAUUAUUUGGUGGCUGAGCAUCCCAAAUCUGAACAUCUCAAACCCAAAAUGCUCCAGUGAGCAUUUCCUUUGAGCAUCAUGUCAGUUCUCAAAAAGUUUUGGAUUUGGGAGGAGCAUUUCAGAUUUUGUAUUUUUGCAUUAGGGAUACUUAAUCUGUAGUGUUGUCUUUAGCUCCACUUACAAUUUAAAACUGGCUGGAGUUCAGGCCAGUUAUAUUAGGAAAACCUGUUUUGCUCUUUGUGUUACUGAUGAACCGCUACAGUAUCCUUGCUCCACGUUUUUAAAGUAAGCAGGGGUUGAGGACAGUCCUAUGUGAGUACACAUACACUCUGCAUCAAGCGUUAGUAGUCUAUUCCACCACAGGAAUUUGCUUUCCUAGACCUUGAGUCAAGGUGACAAAAGUGAAAGCAUGUAUGAAAAGUCUUAAGAAUUUUAUAUACAUUUUUUCUUUUUGUAUUUUACUUGAAGUGAUUUAAGUAGGAGCUAAUAGUUGAUGAGACAGUUGGGAGUCUAAAAUGUUUGAGAGAGCUGCAUCUUUAAUGCAUUAUUUUAUCUAAUUCUUCUAUAUAUAAAUAACUUGGGAAAAUCCUAAUAUGCCUUGCACAUAGUUGACAGUUUAAUUUGAAAGGAACUAAUAUCACUUCUAGUAUAUUCAGGUUGUAGGGAGUAAACUGACAUUUACUGAGCCACCUCCCCAUUGCACUGGGCAAUACUAGCUUUCUCUGUUACUUAUUCCUUAUAAAUCAUAAGGAGCAAGUUGGUUUCAUUUUAAAAGCCAGACAGUUGAGACUUGUUGAGGCUCAUAGAGAUGAAGUUGUUGCCUGAGAUCCUACAGUUAGGAAGUGACGGAGCAUGGAACCCAGCCCUUAAAAACUGUGCUGUUUUCUUCUGUACCGUGCCACCUACAUAGAUGUGGUACCUACACCCACCUCCCUUCUUACAGAAUCAUGAAAUCUGCCUGUUGGGGUGGGGAGAAAACAAGCUUGGGUAUGCCCAUGUUUUUUGUUUUUGGUAGGUUACACAAAAGUGAUUGUAAUUCAGGUAAUUAGGUUUUCAGAGGUGUCUGUGUGUUCUAUAACCCUUAAAUUAUUAGCUGGCUAAGUGAAUAUUUUUCAUUUGGAUCAGAGGAUGAGCAGGGCUCAUCAGGCUUACCAUUGACAGAGUGCUGGACUAGGCGUCUCAGAUUGUACCUUCAGUGCGUGGUUUGUAAAUUGACUCCAAAGCUAAAGAGGUGGUUGUUUGGUCACGUUUAAGAUUAUUGCGUACUACUCUUUGCAGGCCCGCCUGUGUCAUUGAACUUAUUAUGACUUGAAGCCCUGAGUAUAGGAGAUAAUUUUUCUUGUUCCUUGUUUGGUUUUUGUGGCAGGUGGUUUUUUAUUUUAUUAUUUUUUUGAUAGAGUGCCCAUAUAUCCUGCAGUUUACAUAUAGUUCCAGAAUAAGUUUCUGGUUUGGAAGAUAAAUUAUAUGGUCACCCAGACAGUACUAGAGCGAUCUGGUCAUGAUAACUAAUUACAUUUUGGUUAACAUGGUUAUAUCACCUGAAGGAGUGCUUAUUUAAAUUUGGUCUUACCUUUUUUUCUCUUUCUAUUUGGUCAAAUGCAGCAAAUAUUUAUAUUUACACUUCUCUAUUUGGAUUAAUUCUUCAGUUGCAAUUUAAUUUAUCCAGAUGCGUGGAAUAGAACCAAAACUGCAUUCUAAUUCUGUGCAAAACAAUAAAAUACUACUUUCUGAGAAGGAUGCCUUCUCUUUUGGGAAGAAGGGGAAUCUGCUCUGUUUCAAAGCACCUUUGUGUUCAAGGUUUGGCUAAAUCUGCUCAUCACCACUAGGGGACUGUUUCUUUUUGCAUUCUACAAGUAUUACUCCCAUUACAGAAGCUUUUUAAGAAAAAAAUGGACUACCAAGGAACCCACCUACAUGCUUUUCAUAACUAUACCUAUUUUAUUGUCUUAUAAUUUUUACUUGAGAGGUUUGCGUGAAUGGUGAACUGUGACAAAAAGCAUAUAUAAAUAUAAAAAUACAAGUUAAAAAGCCUCAUGUUAGCUGAAGAUUCUUCCAUGUGUAUUCUUAUAAAAAUAAGGGAACCCUGGACAGUGCUCAUUGUAUUUUGUUGAAGAAAUGUUUACUUCUUUAAAAGGAAGAAAAACAUAUAUAUAUAACAUACUGUAUAUUCAGAACCAUUUUUAAGGAAUGUAGUUUAUCUCUUGAAAGACUGAAAUUCAAGGCUGUGACUAUGACUAGAGUGUAAAAUAUAGCUGUAUUGCAUUAUAGUAUUUUAUAUAUUUCUACAAACCAAAUUGACCUGUUUUUGGUUUUGUUUUUCCUUUUCCAGUCUUUACUAGGUGCUGGUCUCUGCAUGUAUUUUGUUUAAGUUGGAAAAAUCUAGAAACCUACCCACAGACUGGUAUGGUAUCCAGUGAGAAGGGAACUGUCCGCAGUGGCUUUGAAGGAUCUGAGGAAGCCUAGGCGGAGAGUUGAGAAUUCAGCCUUGAGCUAGUGUUAGGCUACUCUCUGCUACCUCUCCUGUGGGCAGAGCGACUUUACUAGAGAAGUUAGGAGUUAGGGCUAGCAUGAGAACUUCAUGCAGUUUGAGCAUUCAUCAGGCAGCAGAAUAUAGCUUCUAUAUUUACCUUGCAUAAAUCAGAUUUGACAAUGAAGAACAAUGUUACUGAUAGUAACAGUGCUUCCCAGUGAUUGAGGAAGUGCUUGUUUUCUUUUUCAGCACUUUGUUCUCUGAACAAAUAAGCUGCAGCAGCUACUAUGACACAUAACCCACCCUAUUUCCCCCCCAACGGCCAGAUGAAACCAGAAAUACCCACUGUGUUUUUCUCUCCCUUCUUUGGAAAGCACGUGGUUGCUACUGCCAUUGGGAAGAGUGAUACCUGAUUAGCCAGGUAGCCUUCUGAAAAUUGAAACAAGUGGCCUGAGGAUGACUUGGAUGGCUGUUGGGUAGCAGAGAGCCCUGGAGGCAGGGUUUCAUAACUGCGAACAGCAGUUUUCAUUGUAAUUGACACAGCAGUUUUCAUUGUAAUUGACAAGCUUCCCUUAUGCAGAAACAUUUAACGAUACCUUUUUAAAUAAUGUUUACUAGUCAUCUGAUUAGAUUUUAUUAAAAAUUUAGAUGAUUCUUCCUACAUAAUGUCAAAGCAUUUGUUUAAAAACUUGGAAGCUUUUGGGGGUGGGGAAGGUGGUCAUAGAAAUAUGAUCAUCUUCAGGAUUUGGCAGGUAUGAAGUGAUACAAACCUCAACUUUUAAGAUUUUUUUUUUUUUUGCUUUUCUCUGGCAAUCAAUCUUAUUUAUGCCAGCCGUUGACACUUAGAAAGGAUUUAAAUCACUUUUCAUAGCAUAAUUAUUGUAUUGCUUAAUGCUUUAAAAAGGCACGCAGAUGGGAUUGAGACAUUUCUAUCCAGGCAGUUUUUUCUGCAUUAGACCUAAGAACCUAAUUUUGUAGGGCAGUAGUCUCUAGGCAUUAUGUUUAGCUCCUUUUGUCAGUGAGAAGUGUGUUGUAAAGUUUCUAAUACUGUGGUCUGUUUUGAACGGUUUUGAGAAGAGGUAGCUUUAGUAUAAUUUAUAGGACUUAAAAGGAAAAUGCCUAGAAUCAUCAGAAAAAGCAUGGAAAAACAUUCUACUCUGAGGUUUCCUUAUUGGAAAAGGAGAAAUCAUUUAGAAGUUAAUGUGUGGAAGGCAUUAGGUUGAAUAAAAAUGUUUUUCGUAUUGAUCUGUCAGCUGCAAUUACAAUUAACUGAAAAUUUAGUAUUUGUCUCUUUUUCAGGAGAGAAGCCAUCAAAUUUUAAUACAUUUAAUUUUAGGUAUAUUUAAAUGUCUGUUUUGCAGAGUGAUUAUCUUAAUCCAGAACUGAAAAAUUCCUGAUGGUCCUACUGAAGAUUUAUCUAAUGGUCCACAAAUGUCUGUUUUGUUGAGGUUUGGCGGACAUAAUAAUAAAUCAUUUUUUAGUCUUCUGAAAACUUUUCUCCUCCUCCCUCUUUUCUCUGCUUCUUAUACCCUUCAACAAAAAGCAUUAAAAGGAAAACAUAAAAUCACACCUUUAGUCAGUGCCGUUAUUCUCUCAGAGGUUCUUUUGGAAAUACUGCCUGAUGAAAAGGAAGAGAAGGAAAUUGCUUCUUUUAAAGUUUGCUUUUUAUCUUCUUGCAGCAUCUUCUAACUAGCAGAAAUACUACAAUUUUUGAGUUGUUUUGUAAGUUGGAUAUUUUUAGUUUUGUGUGGAAUGUCUUGUUUCCCAUUAGGGCAGGGGGCGUCUCACAAGAUCUAGGUUACUGUAUGACAACUAUAUCCAUUUACUGGAGUUUAAGAAGCUUUAUAACAAUACAUUUCCAGAGACUAGGCAGUACUUGGUUUUCUGUAUUUAAAUUUUCUGAGGGUAGAUGAUAACAUCUAGUAAACACCACCUGCCUGUUCCAUCCAGGACCCUAACUGGCCAUAAAGUUACCCCCAAACUCUCUUAGGAUUCAUAGUAUUUUAAGAUUUCAUUUUUGUGCCCUUAUUACGAAUAUAAUUAGUGUUUUCUCCCCUUUAGGGUGCUUUAAGAUCUUAGUGCCUGUUCUAAUCUGAGACUACCACAGUAAGACAAGAAAGGGCAAUGCUGUGGUAGGCAGUUAGCUGCUGAAGUUAGGCCACUUAGUUAUGAGGUUUGAUGAAUUUUUGUCCUUAGUUCAAAAUGAUAAUAUUCUCACUGACAAAAGUAUCAGCUGUGAUCAUAUAGAUUGCUCUUUCCUGUGGAACUGAAGUGUAUUAAAAUUUUUUUUUUCUUUUUAUAAAGAAUGUCUUGUUGCGCCGUGUUUGCUAGACUGAAAGUUUCCUCAUCACGUGGUGAGACCCUCCUCUAAUUCAAUCUUUGUCUUUUGUCUUUGCUGCCUUGCAGGGUUGGUACAGUAGGCUUCACUAGACUUAGCUGCAACUCAGAAUUUCUCCUCCAGCACCUGAGUAAAUGCUGAUGGUCUUGUGGAGAGUGGAUUAAGAGUACGAGCUAAGUUCUCAAUCCCAAUUAAGAAGCGGAAAAUUUAAACUGUCUUCUUCAAAGUUUAUCACAACCACCACCAUCAAGACAGCAAACCAAAGGACAAAGACUUUGACCUGCUGUGUUGCUCUGUGUAGUCCAGUUCACGUAUGGUUUACAGACUUGGCUGGGGUUACUAAAAAUAAAUAAAAAGUUGGACACUUCUGUCAUUGGACGCUAUUAUUCACAAGUUACCAGAAUGAGAGCUGUACUGGACACAGCAGACAUUGCCAUAGUGGCCCUGUAUUUUAUCCUGGUCAUGUGCAUUGGUUUUUUUGCCAUGUGGAAAUCUAAUAGAAGCACCGUGAGUGGAUACUUCCUGGCGGGGCGCUCUAUGACCUGGGUAGCAAUUGGUGCCUCUCUGUUUGUGAGCAAUAUUGGGAGUGAGCACUUCAUUGGGCUGGCAGGAUCUGGAGCUGCAAGUGGAUUUGCAGUGGGCGCAUGGGAAUUCAAUGCCUUACUGCUUUUACAACUUCUGGGAUGGGUUUUCAUCCCAAUUUACAUCCGGUCAGGGGUAUAUACCAUGCCUGAAUACUUGUCCAAGCGAUUUGGUGGCCAUAGGAUUCAGGUCUAUUUUGCAGCCUUGUCUCUGAUUCUCUAUAUUUUCACCAAGCUCUCGGUGGAUCUGUAUUCGGGUGCCCUUUUUAUCCAGGAGUCUUUGGGUUGGAAUCUUUAUGUGUCUGUCAUCCUGCUCAUUGGCAUGACUGCUUUGCUGACUGUCACCGGAGGCCUUGUUGCAGUGAUCUACACAGACACUCUGCAGGCUCUGCUCAUGAUCAUUGGGGCACUUACACUUAUGAUUAUUAGCAUAAUGGAGAUUGGCGGGUUUGAGGAAGUUAAGAGAAGGUACAUGUUGGCCUCACCCGAUGUCACUUCCAUCUUAUUGACAUACAACCUUUCCAACACAAAUUCUUGUAAUGUCUCCCCUAAGAAAGAAGCCCUGAAAAUGCUGCGGAAUCCAACAGAUGAAGAUGUUCCUUGGCCUGGAUUCAUUCUUGGGCAGACCCCAGCUUCAGUAUGGUACUGGUGUGCUGACCAAGUCAUCGUGCAGAGGGUCCUUGCAGCCAAAAACAUUGCUCAUGCCAAAGGCUCUACUCUUAUGGCUGGCUUCUUAAAGCUCCUGCCAAUGUUUAUCAUAGUUGUCCCAGGAAUGAUUUCCAGGAUACUGUUUACUGAUGAUAUAGCUUGCAUCAACCCAGAGCACUGCAUGCUGGUGUGUGGAAGCAGAGCUGGUUGCUCCAAUAUUGCUUACCCACGCCUGGUGAUGAAGCUGGUUCCUGUGGGCCUUCGGGGCUUAAUGAUGGCAGUGAUGAUUGCAGCUCUGAUGAGUGACUUAGACUCUAUCUUUAACAGUGCCAGUACCAUAUUCACCCUCGAUGUGUACAAACUUAUCCGCAAGAGCGCAAGCUCCCGGGAGUUAAUGAUUGUGGGGAGGAUAUUUGUGGCAUUUAUGGUGGUGAUCAGCAUAGCAUGGGUGCCAAUCAUCGUGGAGAUGCAAGGAGGCCAGAUGUACCUUUACAUUCAGGAGGUAGCAGAUUACCUGACACCCCCAGUGGCAGCCUUGUUCCUGCUGGCAAUUUUCUGGAAGCGCUGCAAUGAACAAGGGGCUUUCUAUGGUGGAAUGGCUGGCUUUGUUCUUGGAGCAGUCCGUUUGAUACUGGCCUUUGCCUACCGUGCCCCAGAAUGUGACCAACCUGAUAAUAGGCCGGGCUUCAUCAAAGACAUCCAUUAUAUGUAUGUGGCCACAGGAUUGUUUUGGGUCACGGGACUCAUUACUGUAAUUGUGAGCCUUCUCACGCCACCUCCCACAAAGGAACAGAUUCGAACCACCACCUUUUGGUCUAAGAAGAACCUGGUGGUGAAGGAGAACUGCUCCCCAAAAGAGGAACCAUACAAAAUGCAAGAAAAGAGCAUUCUGAGAUGCAGUGAGAAUAAUGAGACCAUCAACCACAUCAUUCCCAACGGGAAAUCUGAAGACAGCAUUAAGGGCCUUCAGCCUGAAGAUGUUAAUCUGUUGGUAACCUGCAGAGAGGAGGGCAACCCAGUGGCAUCCUUAGGUCAUUCAGAGGCAGAAACACCAGUUGACGCUUACUCUAAUGGGCAAGCAGCUCUCAUGGGUGAGAAAGAGAGAAAGAAAGAAACGGAUGAUGGAGGUCGGUACUGGAAGUUUAUAGACUGGUUUUGUGGCUUUAAAAGUAAGAGCCUCAGCAAGAGGAGUCUCAGAGACCUGAUGGAGGAGGAGGCUGUUUGUUUACAGAUGCUAGAAGAGACUCGGCAAGUUAAAGUAAUACUAAAUAUUGGACUUUUUGCUGUGUGUUCACUUGGAAUUUUCAUGUUUGUUUAUUUCUCCUUAUGAACUUAAGGAUAUGGUGAGACACUAACUUAAGACAAUACUGACUGGUCUUUGGGGAAAAAAAGUUAUGUAACUGUUGCAUCUCUCAGGCAUUGUUUACGCUGUAGGUUUUAGCCAAAUUUUACUUAGCAGAAAAUCAUCUAAUUACAAGACUUUAUUUUCCCAGAGAUGGAUUAAAGUAAAUCUUCAACUUAAGUGAAGCAAAACUUAACAGACUGAAUUGUGCAAAUGUGGUUUUAAAUUUUGCAUACCAAAGUAAGGAGAGACCAAUUAUUCUCACAGAGCACUUAGAGCAGAAUAUAUGUUAAGUUACCAUGAAUUAAGGUAUACUGUCUGCACUGCCAAGUCUUGGCAGACCUUACCCUGAAGUAGAAGAUUUGCUCAUUUCUAAAUUUUUUUUUCUGUCUCUGUAAUCCCUCCUACCAUUAAGAAAAACUUAUUUCUUAGACAUUGUACAAUCAGUUAUGUACUGAAAAUCGAAUGUGCUUGUGUGAUACUUGUUUCAGGACAAGUUCAUUUGCCAGGUUCAUUUUGUUAGCAUGGGCCUACGGAUUCUGAUUGCCAAGAGAAAGAAUGUUUUCCUGUAGGUAUUUUUGUACCACCAGUAUAUGGAAUGUUAGGGAAAAACUUUGUUUCAGUUCCUUUUUUUUUUCUUUCUACUUUCAAGUUUAAGUGAACCAUACUGAAAUGACCAACAAGUCUGCCUGUAAAGUUACAUGUCAUGAUUGUGUUGUUAAAUGAUUAUGGGGGAGAAAAUGAAGUAAAUGUUGCUGAUGAUCCCCGUAUUUAUUGAUCAUAUUAAGGUUGUUUAUAUAGUUUGGAAAUGACCAGCCCCCUAAGCAGUGUUUGAUUAACUUAUGCUAAUCAGAUGAUUACUCAUAUAUUCUGCUAAUUUUCUAGCUUUAUUCUUGUUAUUUGGAAAAAUUAUUAGCCAAAUGCCUUCCUAAGUGGAUCCAGUUGGAAGAUAUGUCCAGAAACCUGAAGAAAAAUUGACGCUGCCUUUGUGUGCUGGAUUGCUCUACUUGAUUAGAUCAUGAUAUAUCAAGGUUGAAUUUUUAGAGGGAAAAUUUAAUUCUGAUAUCUUAUUGCAUCCUUGAUAAGUUUUUCCCUGAUUUUUUUUUUCCUCAAAAGACUUUCCAUCUGUACACAGCCUCUACAUUUUUGUUGUAGUGACUUAGAGCAUAAGGAUGUUUCAGUGCAAACUGGCCAUCGGUAACAGAAAACUCAGUGCAUACUUUGCUGUUGUUAGGUUGUCAAUAUAGUCUUUCUGUAGGAUGGAUAGCAUGUUUGAGAGGUGCCAAACAAGAACUUUUGGGAUUAGUAGUGUGUCUUGUGGAGGGUGUUACAGGACUGUGUAAUUAUAGGACUCUAACUUGACAUGGCUUGGCACCCACUUGCAGCUAGUGGGUACAGGGUACAAAAGAUGUUAGAGAAAAGCUCUACAGAUUACGUACUUCUGUGUCUUCGUAUGCUCAACACUGUCCUUUGUCCUCCAUGAAAGAUGAAGGAAGCAAAUUAUGUACUUUCUUUGACCUUCUUUAAUCUCUGAUACUUUUUAGAUUGCAUGAUUUUACUAGGCUUGUAUUUAGGGAAAUUACUUUCAUAAAUACUUUUGUAGAUUUUGAAUCAAAACUCAGUCUUUUUAAUUUUUUUGUAGUCUAUAAACUAGUUUCAUUAUGAUGGACUUGAUUAGUCCAAAGUUAAUUUUAGAAAUUGUCAGGUAGCAUAGUGUCUUCCCAUGAUCAGGAGGCUUUCUGAAGGACUGAGUCUGUAAAUGAAAAAAUAAUUUAUGUAUGAAUAGCAUGUAUUUCUGAAGAGCUUAGAGUGCCUUGUAGAAUUUUUUUCUCAAUUUUAUUCUUGAGGUUUAUAAUUUGGGGGCCAAAUAGAUAGAGCUCAUCAUUUUCUUGUUUGGAAGUUGAGGCUGCGACAUGUCCAAGGUUAUGAAGUCUUUUUUGGGAAGAACAGAAACCAGGUCUCCAAAUCUGGACUCAUGGUUUGUUCAGAUGUGUCUGGACAAAUGGUUGUCAAUGUUUUGUCCUGUUUUUUCAAAGGAACUGUUCUUCCUUUGGGACAACCUUUUGGUGUUUGGGAAAAUAAUAAGAUCUUGGAUUUUUCAAAUUAACGUUAAGUUGUAAGAACUAAAAUUUUCUUUGAACCACACUACUGUGUAAUUCAGUGAUAAUUGACAUAUUGGCUGGGCAGCCUAUCUCUUCCAUAUCCAGCGUAAAUGAAUAGGAGGUGUUUGUGAUUUUUUUUUUUUUUCUCCCUUUAUUUAACAUUGCGUCCUAGUAGUUUGGAGAAUUAGGGUCCCUCUACCUUCUUUCUGCUCUUGUCUUAGUAAGAUACAUAAGGUACAUCAUCUUGUGUCUGUGUGUAUAUAGCAGUAGGUCAAGUUUAGAGUACUAAAGUCUGUAAAUAAGGAAUGACUAUUAGCAUAUUCAUUAGAAUUGUUUAUUCUUGCCAGUAUAAACAUCAUUUUAUUUAGACUGAAGUCCCUGAAGCUUGUCUUUCUUAUUGCUUCCCAGUAAUAGAUAAUGUGCUCGAGUAAGUUUGUGAAUUGCUGAUUGCAACUUAAUUCAGGGACCAGUCUUCAAUCUAUAUUUCAUUAGAAUGAUUGUUCCUGGAAUGAUACAUGGACUGUCUUAAGCUAGCAAAAUGUUCAUACUUUACACUGACUAAAUGGGUCCUAAAUGAUGACAUUGGUCUUUAGACAUUAACGUGUAUAUUUUUAUAUUAGCUCAAGCUAAGGUUCAGAAUUGAAGAUUGAUAUUGACUAGAAUAGCUAAAAGUCAAAAUGAGGUGAGGACACUGGUCUUGGAAGGUAGAGAAAAAUAAAUGUCUUACCAGGUGUUAAUGGUAUCCCCAGUUCUUAGACUUUUGUCUUCUCAGGCAAUUUUCAUCUCAAGAUCUGAUGAGAAGGGCAUAUUACAUUGGUAUGCAGGAUGAUUAUUGCGUAUUUUGUGGGACCUCUAAUUUCCCUGGUCAUCUUUCAGAAUAUUCUGUUCUGCCACCCCCAGAGAGUAAACACUUGAGCCGAUUUCUUCUUCCCCAGCUAUUCUUUCCUGGGGGUAAUUAUGCUUUGUCUUUAGAUGAGAGAAGCAUCAAGCAAUAGCAAUGGUGCUGUGUCCUUCGGCCUAAAUUCAAUAGAUCCCAUCUCCUAGGGCUUCCUUUUCACUUGGCUCAAAGGAUCCAUUGUAUUUUGGCACAAAGAGGCUGGCCAGGGUUGUGUAGCCAUAGCUCUUAGGGAUGAUACCAAAAGAAAUUAGCUGGGACCCAUCACUCUGUGAAACUUCACAUUUUAAGAACUGAGUUGAGGGGGUUGUUAUGCACUUCUGUAACUUGAGGCUAAGCAAGGGGUUAAGUCUUGUGAGAGCCAAUCGAGUGUGUCUGUAUUCGCAGUCCAUGGCUUAUUUUCUUUAUAGUAGGCAUAUGGAUCUUCCCCUCUGACUUUGAAUAUCAUUUGGUGUGGCCUGUGGGUUAUUUUCAUUCUUUACCACCAAAUAAAGCGGCUUAUUAGCUACUCAGUUACUUGCUACUCAAAGGUUAGGUCUUCCCUGUUCCUGCUUGGCAGUGUUAAAGCUUACAGGGUUAACUUAUGUUGAUUCUCCUGGCUCAUUUUCAUCAGAGGCAUGAUGACUGGAAAGGGAUCACAUGGGUCGUUGGUGGUGACACCUCACUAUUUCCUAGGUUUGGAUAGAGAGAUGUAUACAAGACCUUUCCUGUUAAAUUACGUGACUACAGAGACUUGCCAGGACAAAAUUUUCCUAAGAAAUCAGAAAAAUGAUUAAGUGAGAUAAGUACCUGGGUGACACAGAUAUUAGCCCGUUGGUAAAAGACAACAAAUAUUAGCUUAAAAUCUGCAUAUGUAGAAUCAUUUUCAUUAGAUUUAGAGCUUGAAGCACCUUGGCUCUCAGCUACUUUAAACUCCUCCCCAUAUAAAUUAGGGCACCAAUAAAUAAAUUUCAGCUUUUUAAACCCUGGUUUGAUGUUAAGCAUUAUAAAGUACGAAGUUUGUUACCACAGUAGAGAUAAUUUAGUAGAAAAAUGCUUUGAGGCUUCAGUAUUUGUAAGAUUUUGCAUUAGCCAGAUGCUAGGUUGUUGAAGGCAUUUCAGUGUUGAUAAUAGCCUGAGCAGACUUCUUUACAAAUGGGAUCUGUUUCUAUAUGUGUAUAUGCCCACUUACCAUUCAGAGAGACUGGUCUUUCUCUUUGUCUUCCUUCACAUUGCUGUGUCAGUUCUACACCUAGUCUUUUCAGCACUUAGCAAAUUCAAAUUUUGAUUUUUUUGUCAGCUUAGUUCACUUUAAGGCAUAUAGGCAUGGUGUGUGAAAGUGAUGUUUUGCCCCAGUAUUGAGGACUUUUAGAUCCAAAUAAUGACUCAUUAAAUAUAAUUAUGUUUUAAGUAUACUGAAUUUCUGUUAGCUUAAAAUGUUAAUUCUCAGGAAUGAUUUUCUCACACUUUGUGUUGGCUAAUAAUAAAAGCACUGUUUUAUUCUCAAAACUCCUUUUUCAAAAAUUAGGGAGAGAGCAGUAGUGAUCAUUUAUGUGAGCCCCUUUGAAAUGAUGGUGUCAGAGUGCAGAGAAACAAUGGAGUUUUGAUGCCAAAAAGGUUUUUUUGCAGUAAAAGUAAAAAUUUGGAAUUAGUUGGCAUAUAGAGGAACCCUUUUGUACUGGAAGGUAUGAGGCUGGAUUGUGAAAAAGUAAUCUUUCGAUUGCUAGACUUGGUUAACUUAGGGCUGCAAAUCUUUUUCUUCUAUCAAGGUCACUUAAUAUGGAAUGUUUUUGUCAGACUGUCCUCUGUUGGAAUACUUCAGCUGUUCAGCUACUUUGACUCCUAGGAGAGAAUUUAGUUAAGGUUCAAAGUAAUUAACUGGCUUUGCCAGUGGUGAGUCCCACACCAUUAUUCACUUAGUAGUCAUAUAAAUGUUUUUAUUUAAACUUCUCUCUCUCCAAUGCUGAGAAUAAGGCUUUAAAUUACUGAUUCACCUUUAAAGGAAUGUUGUGAGAAUUGAUGUAAUUUCUGUUUCUGUUUCCAUCUAAACUUCUUUAUAAAAAGAGGGAUUAGUUUUUUUGUUUUGGGGUAAGCACCUAAUUUAUCCGGUAACCAACAACCCUAACCAUUGGCAUAUAGUCUUUCACUCAGAAAUAAACAAAAACUGUUUGGUAUAUCUGUAUCAUUGCUAAUCUUGUGCACUUUACUUUUUGGGCAGUACCAUACAUAGUCUGAGGCUAUUGACUUAAACCAAUAACUGUACUUUAUGUAAUGACUCUUAAAUUUGGUUACCUGGGUUCACAGCUUGCUUGAAGAGAAGGGAUGCUAGAAUAAAGUAAGCAGCUGAAGAGCGAGCAAAUCAAGACAAAACACAGUGGUCUCAGAUUUUUCGUAGUGUAGGAACAGUGGUUUUGCUCUAUACCACUAUACCACAAUUAUAACAUAAUUGUUGUCCAUGAUACUGAAGCUUUCCCCCUCACUUCUAGGUUGUUUACAUUCAGAGCUCUAUCAAUAAGAGGAAUACAUAUUACAGUGAAUUCGACAACCGCACAAGUUGGCAGUAGGUAUCCCCAACCUAAUUUAUCUUGGUAAAUUCACCCUGUUUCCUAGUGCUGCUGGAUAAAAGAGUGUUUACUUUUUAUUGCUCUUGGACAGAGUAGUCUAGAUAAGUUUUCAAUUUAUCAACAUAGCCUAGACUUCUGUAAGUGGAAUGUUCAUUAGUAACUCAUCUUUUUGUUGUUAUAAUUGGAAACAGAAACGAGGCUUAUUGCUAUUGCAGAAAUCCCAAACUGGCAAAGGCCAGUAUAUAUGGUAUUCCAUAAUAUAACCAGCUUUUGAAAUUUAUGUGUUUGGAUUAGUGCCUUCUGGUUACCAGUAUUGACUCUGCUAGUUUGCACCUUUCCGUUCUUAACAGAAAAUUUGUAUUUGUUAUUCCUCUUAAAUUUUGUCGUAACUAGUGAAGGAAGUAAAAAAAAAAAAAAAACAUGCAUUACAUUGACAUACUUUAUGUGCAGCCUUUAUUUAGGUUCAGUGAAACCAGGUAGUUCUGUAUUUGUGUUGUAGCCUAAAUGUUGUUUCUUUUAUAUCCAUUAAAAACUUAAAGUUACUUAUGUUCUGUGAUCUUAAUUUUGUUGUGUUUCCAUUGUAGGUUGAUAGGUAUAUCGAGAACAGGUACGUGACAACAGUUUAUAUUCCAUGAUAGAAAGCUGAAGUCCAUAGAAAGCACAAAAUCGUGUUCACACAUUAGUGUACCCACACAUAGAAAGCACAAGACUAAUAGUAUUCUCUGUAUCCCACAAGUGCCAGUCAUAAAGGCCACCAGGUAUUUGUCUGAGAGUUGCUAUGAGGACUACAGUAUUGAUAAGCCCAAGACAAUGCGGUAUCUAAACUGGUCCUAAUGGUAAGGGAUCCAAAGGAAUAAUCUCAAUAAGUUUGUACCACAUUGAUGGAGGGAGAGAAUAUAAAUGUCAAGAAUGCCAAAAUUAUAUUUGGGGGUUACUAGCUAAAAUGGGGUUUGAGGGCUUUUUACUGCAACUUGAAACUAGAGAAAUAGGGACAGAUGUCUAGGUUUUUGGUGGGUGGAACAGGUGACAUAUUUCUGUUUUAAGCUGUAGUGUGAUUGGGGUUUUUUGUAAAAAAUCUUAAAUCUUUUAGGAAAUAUUACCUCUUAACAGUGCGCCCCCCAAACAUGCAGAAAGUCCUACUUUAACAGGGCAAAUACUACUUGUCUUUGAUUUUUUUUGUGUACGUUUGUAUGUGAGAGAUGAAGUUACCUUUAUUUUUUUCCUAUACUUGACUGUGCUUCAUUUUAAUAAAGGAUAAUUUGAUCUGAGUGUUCUGAGCAUCAGACUAAUUCUGAAGCAUAUUUGCUAGAGGAGCUACUUUGCUUUUCACAAUGGGGUGGAGAGGAUUCUUUCACUUGUCCCAUUAACCCUCUUCUAGUCUAGAUGAGAUGAAAUCUGUUAAUGUGUGUGCAGAAGAAAACGUAUGUUCUUCUACUCAGCAUUGCCCUUUUCCACCUCCUCACUUCACCUCCGAGUAGCUUGUUUAUCAAGAAUGAAUGAAUGUCUUUGUCUUCAAUUUUGCCCAUGUGUUAAAAGAUGUAAUUCUCAGAAUGGGAGAGAAAUGACUACCUUUGUUCCUACUCUUUUAUAUAAUUAUCCUUUUAGGGAAAGACUUGGUCAACUCUAAUAUAUCUAGAAGGAAGACUAUAUCUGGUGUAGACUAAUAUGAGAUGUUUUAGAAGAGUUAACCUGAACACUUUGAGGGAGAGAUUAUUCUUGCCAGCAAAAAGCUAGCCAGGAAUGAGCCUACCACAUUAUUUGAGAAUAUCAAACCUCAGGCAUGGGGGGAUGAGGGGAAGAAGAUUACCAGAAGUGCAGGAAAGAGAAGUUUGAGGAACAUCCUUGGCUUAGCAACAUGUGAUCAUGCAAAGCUGUUAUAACCUGUUAAUCCUACGUACUAUGUGUUCUGUACCUUUACAUGUUUUUAAAUUUAAGAUAGUUUGUAAGAACUGUACAAAAAAAUGCUUCUGGAGAUUUCUUUGGCAGAAAUGCCUUUCAUCUAUAAUUUCAUGGAGAACUGCUUUAAUUAGCCUAGGUGAAAAGUAGUCCUAGCAGUGUAAAUAUGUAUAAUUAGAGUUUUCUGAUUUCACUGUGAGAUCUCUAACUUUUGAGUGGCAAACAGAUCAAGUCUUUUGCUCACAGACUUUUCUGUGGGGUUAUUAAAAUGCAAAAGCUUUAUUUUUUUUAAUAAUGCCAUACUCCAUUAGUGUCAGAUGAUGGUAUGGAAUUUGUUCCCUUGCUUUCCCCCACUGUUACUGCUUCAGUUUAUAGAUUGCCAGCAGAGUUCAGAAAUAGAGCAGGGAUUUACCCGUUCUUUGCUUGGACAUCCCAUUUUCUUUUGUCCAGACCCAUGUUGGCAAUCAUGUAUGAACUGUGUUACACUUCUCAGUGCUUUCUUUUUUCUUUUUGAUAAGAUGGAUAUCAAAAAUAGUUGCUGUGCAAAAGUUAGUAGUCUUCUUCAAGAAGAAAACCAAUUCUUUUUCUAAUAAUAUCCUGUGAAAUUGCUUCAUUCAUUCAUUUAUUUUUAAGCCAAAUGUCAGCAGAGUGCUGCUGCUUUUAUCUAGUAAUUUUGAUAUGUAAGUAUUAAUGCAUUUUUAAAAGAUGUCUACAUUGAAAAAUGUUCUUCCCAGUGUCCUGCUUAUGAUGCUUUGUUCAGAUUUUUUGUAAGAGACCAGUUAGUACACUGGGGGUGUGUAUUGUGUACAUGUGUCAUUUUAGUUAGGCAUUGUAGACCAAAUGUGAUUAUAAAUGAAGUUGAUGAACAUUAAUUUUGUUAUUAGUGAGUUUUUUGAAUUGUAAAUGGAUUUCCAGUUUACCUUCUGUUGUCUACAGCUUUUUUAAUUUUAAGGUUUGACUAAUUGGAUCCAUCUCAUUGUACAGUGUUUUAGUUGCAAGCAGAAAGUAGAAUUUGGUAUAAAGAAGGUUAUUUCUAUAUUGAAAGGAGUACAGUUGAAAUUGUAGAUUUAAGAUUGUUAAAAUCAUGACAAUUCUAACUUGUCUAUUCUAACCUACUGUGUACAAUCUGAUUUUUUAAAAUUGUAAACAUGUAUGAUCUUGGUUUCAUGUGUUUUUGAAAGUGUUAUUGUUUAAAAAAUGAAAAAAGCAUAUCUGCUAAAGAGCUGUCAGUUUUCAUUACUGACUCUGUAAAAUACACUGUUCUUUGUGUACUGUGUGUUAUUUUGCCAGCUGCUGCAUUAGCCUUCAAAAGUAUUUGGAAACUUAAGAUGAACUACAUUUCUUGCAAAGUACAUUCCUUUCUGUGGUAUUUUGUCCUGUAACUGAAGUAUAGUAAUUAUUUUAUGGAAAUGUUAGCAAUUCUGUACCAACUUUGAAUAAAAUGAAAAAUUUAUA